CGGCUCACAUUCGUAGUGCAUGUGGAGCUGACUCAACACUGUAUAUCAUUCGCUGAUCAGCUGGAGCCUAUUGGAGGUCUGGAACAGAAGGGUGACUGAAUUUUUUCUUUUUUUUUUUUCGUCUGGAGGGUGGUACCUAUCAAGGGAAAAUUGGGAACCCAGUUACAAUAUUUUUUUCUCUGGGCUGUGAUUCAUGACUCCAUGAGCUCCGUUGACAGCCUGCAAAGAGCCGUUGAGCCUGCCGGCGCCCCGCAAAGCCCCAGCGCCCAGCUGGUCUGCACUGGCUCCCCCAGCUGUUUGUGUGGUCACUCAGAGCUUGCAGCCGUAAACAACGGACUUUGUAGCAGCGCCAACAGCAAGAAGAGUCGACUUGCCGUGUUGAGGUUUGCCAGGAUGUUGGCUGUGGCUCUAAGGAGGUGGACCAGUAAAACAAAGAAGUCUAAGGAGCAAGCGAGGAAGCCAAUGAGAGGUGGCGAGGGCGAGUCACGUGACCAGUCAGCAACCAACGGGCGCUCACAGUCACAAUGCAUCAAGCCGCCAGCCAGCCGGACCGUCUCGGCGGGGACCAGUUGCCAGCGAGACUCGGCGUCGCCCUCCUCCUCGCCCGCCGCCGCCACUCCCACCUCGUCCUCCCUCCCUUCCACGAGCUCCGAGUACCUGCAGAGCCGGCCCUCAGCAGGGACACCCGGGGCCAAAGACAUGAACCAGUCAGGGCAGUCAGCCACGACAGCCCCAAGGAAGAAGCAGCGGCAAGAUUUCAAGUUUGGCAAGAUCUUGGGCGAGGGUUCUUACUCAGAGGUUGUCCUUGCUACUGAAAUUGCCACGGGCAACAAAUAUGCAAUCAAAGUCUUAGUGAAGCGGCAUAUAUUCCGGGAGAAGAAGGAGAAGUACGUCAUGCGAGAGCGAGAAGUUUUGAGCAAACUUGACCACCCGUUCUUCGUGAAGUUGUACUUUACCUUUCAAGACAAGGAGAAGCUGUAUUUCGGCCUGAGUCUAGCUCAGCGGGGAGAGUUGCUCCCUUACAUACAGAAGCUGGGCUCCUUUGAUGAGAACGCGACCAGGUUCUAUGCUGCCGAGGUGGUUCUAGCACUGGAAUAUCUUCACAACAUGGGUAUCAUACACAGGGAUUUGAAACCAGAAAACAUCCUGCUUAAUGAGGACAUGCAUAUACAGAUCACGGACUUUGGAACGGUGAAGAUUCUGGAUGCAAACGCCAAAGAAGUACGGGCAAAUUCUUUUGUCGGCACGGCUCAGUAUGUCUCACCAGAAUUACUAACAGAGAAGUGUGCCAUGAAAAGUUCUGACCUGUGGGCCCUCGGUUGUCUCGUUUAUCAGCUCCUAGCGGGCUUGCCCCCAUUCAGAGCAAGCAAUGAAUACAUGAUAUUUCAGAAGAUCAUCAAGCUAGAGUACGAAUUUCCAGAGGGAUUCCCCGAGAAAGCGAAAGACCUAGUAUCAAGACUACUGGUGUUAGACCCCUUGAAGAGAAUAGGGUGCGAAGACUGUGGAGGCUUCCCAGAGCUCAAGGACCACCCAUUCUUUGAGGGCGUCAACUGGGACAACCUACCCAACGAGACUCCACCCACCCUCAAGCCGUGCAUGGUGGUGGAUGGCGAGGAGAUUCAUAGCGACCUCUAUAUUGACGAGUUUGACAUGUCACCCCUGAGCGAGUUCCUGGGCCAGAUCAAGACAUACGAGAACAACCGGCAACAGACCAAAGAUCGGUCGCAGCGCAAGCCCAAGUACGUUCUGCCCUACACGUCGGAGGAGCGAGCCGCCCUGCUAGAGAAACAGAGGCGAGAAUGUAAGUGGCACCGAUUUGUGGACGGCAACUUGAUCCUGAAGAUGGCUCCCAUGGACAAGAGGAGGGGUUUGUUUGCCAGGAGGAGGCAGUUCUUACUCACAGAAGGACCUCACCUGUACUACGUGGAUCCUGAGAACAUGGUCCUCAAGGGAGAAAUUCCAUGGUCUCCUCAUCUCCGCGUGGAGGUCAAGAACUUCAAGACAUACUUUGUGCACACGCCCAACCGGCUCUACUACCUAAUCGACCCAGAGGGUCACGCGCUAGAGUGGUGCCGGGCCAUCGAAGAGGUAUAUAGACACACCUACCAGACCAACGAGAAAAAGGACUAAGCGAGGCAGAGUCCGUGGCCAGCCUCCCAAGAAGAGAGACAAAGAAAUAUCGUCAGGCAGCCGUAACAAUCUCUUGAUAGUUUUUUGCUUUCAUGUGUGUGCAGAGGACGCAAGAAGAUUACCGCAUGCCAGGGUUUGUGCUGGGGGUAGAUUGAAGUUUCAUGAUUCUAUUCAUCCAUUUUUUCUUGUAAAGAAUUCACUGGCCCCUACAUGUAACAGCGCAGCCGUUACUUGCAAGCAGUUAGAAAAUGGUUAACGCUUAGCUAAACAAUCAGUAGCAUAGAAUUUUGGUAUUGAAAGAUGCUAAGCAGAAAGUUGGAAAUUAUUUGUAUGUAAGCCCCUUUAACUCUUUCAUCAUACAUGUCCAAAUGAAUUAGUUCCAUUGACAACAUCACCGUGAGUGUUGGAAUCCUUGCAACAUCAACAGAACUGAGCCCAGCGAUGGUUGGAAGAGAUCAGGAUUGGUGUGAAAUUUUACCGCUGUCACCGAGAAAGAAGUUGAUGAAAGCACUGUACCCUGUCCCCGUUUGUGAAGUGGACAUUUCUGGUUGAACGGGGUGAAAAAAAUGAACUGCAAAGAGUCCUAUUGGCUUUGCAAUGAUGCCUCUGUUCACGGUGUCAAUUUAUCUCGCUGACAGUUUCCAUAGACUGAGAAGUCACGAGUUCUGCAUGCACGUAUACAUUACAGUCCUAGCUCUGGUUUAAACCCAUAGAUGCAUGGUAAUUGUCAAUGUCUUCAAGAUUCAAAAUGAAUGGACAGACUCCCAGCACAGACUCUUGGUAUUGAUGGUAGAAAAAGAAAAGUUGACCAUGGAAUUCUAAUUGUAAAUCCUAGAUGUGAUCCGGCCUGAAACCCCCAGAAUUGAGUACCUUGAUGUGCAGUGUAUUAACCCUAACAGUCCCAAAUGCUCCAAUUUUAAUACGAGUUUACAUACACCCUAGGGGGUUAGGGUUAAUGGAACCAGAACUGAUGGAUACCAAAUGACUAUGGGACCCUUUUCACAACAACGUUGCACAGCUAAGGUCUUUGGUGAAUUCAGGCAGUUGCCAAAUCCAGGUAGCUUGGGCAAAAAACCAACCGCAAGAGUUGCUGAAUCAUUUACAAAUGACAUCGAUUGCCGUUGUGUAGGUUAUCCAACAGGAGGUAUUUCAAAGCACAGUACGCUGCACUGGUCAGUCUCUAGACAUCCAUUUUAGACACUGCAUGUGAACAAACUGUCUUUGACCUUUGCUUACAGUCCAUGUGAAUAUUCAUAACAAACUGUCUUUGACCUUUGCUUACAGUCCAUGUGAAUAUUCAUAACAAACUGUCUUGGACCUUUGCUUACAGUCCAUGUGAAUAUUCAUAAGUAGUGCUCUGCCAAAAAUCUAAAGUCGGUUAGAUGUUCGGCCAUGUAUUUUACUUGUUAAAAUUACGGGAAUAAUUCAUAAGAUAACUUGCCACGCCUAGAUGCGGCACACCUUAAGAUGCAGAACUCAUCCUUGCUGAAACUCAAGUCAGAUACCUGGGUUGAAUCGCAGUUUUCUGUCCUGUCUUUGACUUUCUGGUCUUGCACCCUGUAUCGCUUCACUGUGCUUGCCAAUAACCACCAUUGUGUUUCAUAUGCCCGAUGCAGUCACUGGAAGUCGCGUUAGGUGUACAUGUACGUAUCUUCCAUAUUGCAGGAUUCACAGGUAUUUAUCAUUAACAUAAAUCUUGGCCUUGCAUGUAUCCCAAUACCGUACAUCUCAACGGAAACUAGCUCCCAAAUCCUUUCAAAAACAGUAAGGCACGAAACAUCUCAGACUCAUGUCACGCUGUAAUUUGUACAUAAUUUGUUUUUUAAGAGAAUCGUCAUAAUUGUAUGGUGUGUGUGUGUUGAAGAACGUAAUAGAAUAUGCAACUUUGCAAUCAAGGAGGUAACAAUAGCUGAAUAAAAUGAACACCGGAAAAGAAAUAACUGGAAUAAGUAACUUAAGUAGAAGAAAAACAGAGACAAAAAAAAAGAAAGAAGAAAGCCAUUAUGCAAGUGUUUGCAUGCUGCCACAGCUUGAUAGAACUUUCUCUCAUCAAACAGAAUUGUUAGGAAAUUGUUUAGAUGAAUCUCGGAGAGAAACCUGUAUGUCCUUGUAUAGUAAUGCAAAUCUAAAAAAAAAAAACUUCUUAAUGAUGUAAGUUCUGCUGGAAUGAAACCAUCAGCCUGUCUGACUUUCUUUUUCAGUUUGGAACUGAAUUGCUAUUUUUAAUUUUUCCAGAAUGGUAAGAAAGAAAAAGUCUGAUGCCCUUGACUUAUUUUUUAAAAUCUCCUGACUGUGGUGUACACUGCACAACCAGACCAAGAUGGCCACCACGCUGGCUUGGGUUCAUGUAUACUCCGGAAAAUAGAACUCCAAGGGUACUGCCUACGGGAAAUAAAGAGCAAAAUGUCAGUCAGACAGAUAGUAUACUGCAUCACUUGCUCAUUUCAAUAUGGCCGAGAUGUAAACGCUGACCAGUUGCAGGAUGUGAUCUGAGAGUAACUGCAUAUACAACACUUUUCCUGCCUCCAGAAGUGCCCGGAGUAGCAUGCAAGAGUGGAGCCACUGUCUGGCAGAAACUCUUCAUAUCUCAAAUAUUUUAUUCAUUUCAAACAGUGGCCCACAGGCCAAAUUCCUAGAGACGAUUCCAUGAAGAUAGUAAAUAUCUUGAAGUGGAAGUAUCGUGAAUUUAAACAAAGUGAAUGAGCUACAAGUGUAAGAGAGAGUGAGUAGUUUGUUGAGAGAACUGAUCUCUUCCACUUUCUCAUUGACGCCUCAAUCUUCACUAGCAAGACUUGAGGAAAAUCAAAGACAACCCCUUCACAGCACUUGAUUUGAAAUCAUGAAGCAUGUUUCUUCACCUGUCAGUUGUAGAACUGAUGAAAGACAACCAAGACGACAUACUUAGAUACGCAGAAAAAGGAACUCACAUAUUUUUAUUUAUUAUUGGCAGGAUGAACCUGGGAGGCGGUCAUUAAACUACAUACUUGCUUCUCGAGGUUCAUGGCAUUGUGGGUAAUAGAGGAACUAUUUGUCCUGGAUGAAGGACAUUGUAGCUUGGAGCAUACUGUUAAUUAAAGAGGCAUAAAAAAAGCUAAAUCCAAGAGCAUGAACUCUGUUGGAGGUAAACUAAGACAUAAACUAUAUCCUAUGUGUUGUAGAUAAAAACCUGAAUUGGAGAAUUGUAUUUGAUGUUGAUUGAAACUUGUAAGGGUGUUGUAACUUUAAAUACAUGUACUUGCAUAUAUGCACUGGAGGAUUUGUUCAUCAUGAUUACAAGUAUAUUACUAGCAUACGGAUAGGCCAACACAAAAUUUGUACCCAGAAUUUCAACGAGGAUGUGAUAAUGUAUUGUAGCCAUGACGUAGCAUCGUUUAAAGUUUCAUUAAGAUCUGAAUGUGCAUCGACAUUCUAAAUAGCAGACCCUUCCUCACCUAUUUUCAAUCAUUUCUGACUUGUACAUAAAUCCAGUGGCAGUACUUGUACCUGUGUAUGGCGAUUGGUGGCCAAUAUGUAAUAUUCAUCUCCACUGACGGAAUUCUCAACACCCUUUCCCAGAGGCAAAAUGCCCAAUUUUUAGCAGAGAAAGUUGCAGUAAUUUUUUUUUUCUAUUUCUUUCCUUUUUCAGUUUUGUAAAUAAGGAAUUACACGUGGACAGGUUGUUACGCACUUAUGAGUCUCUUGUAAAAAGAAUAUAUGAAUUAUUGUGUUCAUGUGAUUUAUAUGAUUAUAUAUAAAUAUAUAAAUAUAUAAUUGUUAUUGGAAUGUGUGUAGGUAUGUUAUGGAGAAUGGGGGAAUCGAGGUAUCACUUGUCUAUGUAUAGGGUAGGAGUCUUCCUAUGUGGUAAAACUUGGUGAAAUAGAACCAAUAAAAAUUUUUAUAGUGGCCACAGUGUGGAUCCAAAACAAA